CAAAGGCUGUGGCUGCCACCAAAGGAAGGGCUGCUCUGAGCACACCUAUGUGGAGACUGAGGCCCAGAGAGAAAGCCUGACGUGCCACACUUCCAGCCAUGGUAGUUUUGUCAGUGCCUCUUGUUUUCCUGCUGGUGUUGGGCAGAGGUGAGAGUGACCUGGAUGCCAAGAUCUCAUCCCCAACAGAGGCCACAGAAUGGGGAGAUUCUGACCCGUCCCUGCCGGGCUCCUGCCAGCCAGCUCCCUCCUGCCAGAAGUGCAUCCUCUCACAUCCAAGCUGUGCAUGGUGCAAACAUCUGAACUUCACCGCCUCUGGGGAGGCGGAGGAGAGGCGCUGUGCGAGGCGCGAGGAGCUGCUGGCGCGGGGCUGUCCGGCGGAGGAGCUGGAGGAGCCCCGCGGCCGGCAGGAGGUGCUGCGGGACGAGCCGCUCAGCCACCACGCUCGCGGCGAGGAGGCCACGCAGCUGGCGCCACAGAGGGUCCGGAUCACGCUGCGACCAGGGGAUCCCCAGCAGCUGCACGUCCGUUUCCUCCGUGCCGCGGGAUACCCCGUGGACUUGUACUACCUUAUGGACCUGAGCUACUCCAUGAAGGACGACCUGGAACGCGUGCGCCAGCUGGGGCACGCCCUGCUAGUCAAGCUCCAGGAAGUCACCCACUCCGUGCGAAUAGGUUUUGGCUCCUUUGUGGAUAAAACAGUGCUGCCCUUUGUGAGCACAGUGCCCUCCAAGCUGCGCCACCCCUGCCCCAGCCGACUGGAGCCCUGCCAGUCACCCUUCAGCUUUCACCAUGUGCUGUCCCUUACGGGGGACGCACAGGCUUUUGAGCGGGAGGUGGGGCGCCAGAAUGUGUCUGGGAACCUGGACUCACCUGAAGGCGGCUUUGAUGCCAUUCUGCAGGCUGCCCUCUGCCAGGAGCAGAUUGGCUGGAGAAACGUGUCCCGGCUGCUGGUGUUCACUUCAGAUGACACAUUCCACACAGCUGGAGAUGGGAAGUUGGGUGGCAUUUUCAUGCCCAGUGAUGGUAACUGCCAUUUGGACAGCAAUGGCCUCUAUAGUCGCAGCUCAGAGUUUGACUACCCCUCUGUGGGCCAGGUAGCCCAGGUGCUCUCUGCAGCAAACAUCCAGCCCAUCUUUGCUGUCACCAGUGCCACACUACCCAUCUACCAGGAGCUAAGCCAGCUGAUUCCCAAGUCUGCAGUGGGGGAGCUGAGUGAGGACUCCAGCAAUGUGGUGCAGCUCAUCAUGGAUGCUUACAAUAGCUUGUCAUCCACAGUGACCCUUGAACACUCUUCACUCCCUCCUGGGGUCCACAUCUCUUAUGAAUCCCAGUGUGGGGGUUCUGAGAAGGAGGGUAAGGUUGGGGACCGGGACCGGGGACAAUGCAGCCAUGUUGACAUCAACCAGACGGUGAACUUUUGGGUUACUCUCCAAGCUACCCAUUGCCUCCCAGAGCCCCAUCUCCUGCGGUUCCGGGCUCUUGGCUUCUCAGAGGAGCUGAUUGUGGAGCUACACACACUGUGUGACUGUAACUGCAGUGACGUCCAGCUCCAGGCUGCACACUGCAGCGAUGGCCAUGGGCAGCUUCAGUGCGGAAUGUGUAGUUGUCUCCCUGGCCGCCUAGGUCGGCUCUGUGAGUGCUCUGAGGCUGACCUGUCCUCUGCAGACCUGGAGUCUGGGUGCCGGGCCCCCAAUGGGACAGGGCCUCUGUGCAGUGGGAAGGGACGGUGCCAGUGUGGACGCUGCAGCUGCAGUGGUCAGAGCUCUGGGCAUCUGUGUGAAUGUGAUGAUGCUGGCUGCGAGCGACAUGAGGGCAUCCUCUGUGGAGGCUUUGGCCGCUGCCAGUGUGGAGUAUGUCACUGUCAAGCCAAUCGCACAGGCAGAGCAUGUGAGUGCAGUGGGGACACGGACCACUGUGUUAGUCCUAUGGGCGGACUCUGUAAUGGACAUGGACAAUGCAAAUGCAACCGCUGCCAGUGCCUGGAUGGCUACUAUGGUGCUCUGUGUGACCAAUGUCCAGGCUGUAAGACGCCAUGUGAAAGACAUAGGAACUGUGCAGAAUGCGGAGCCUUUGGGACUGGCCCGCUGGCCACCAAUUGCAGCAUAGCUUGUGCCCAUGCCAAUGUGACUCUGGCCCCAGGACCCAUCUUGGAUGAUGGCUGGUGCAAAGAGAAGACACAGGACAACCAGCUGUUCUUUUUCCUGGUAGAGGAUGAGGCUGGAGGCCGGGUUGUGCUAAGAGUGAGACCCCAAGACAAGAGAGCAGACCACACCCAGGCCAUUGUGCUGGGCUGCAUAGGGGGCAUCGUGGCAGUGGGACUGGUGCUGGUUUUGGCUUACCGGCUCUCAGUGGAAAUCUAUGACCGCAGAGAAUAUAGUCGUUUUGAGAAGGAGCGGUUGCAACUCAACUGGAAACAGGACAGCAAUCCCCUCUACAAAAGUGCUAUCACAACUACCAUCAACCCCCAGUUUCAAAGUGCAGAGUGUCCCAAUCCCUGAUGGGACAUUUGCUCCAGGUCCUGCACUGAACAACAGGGAGAUGGGAGGGCAGUGCCUAGCAGGUAGCAGCUUGACUGGAGACUCAUGGCAGCUGCCAUCCUACUUGGUUUUCAGUGACACCUGAUGGGCAGCUUUCUGCUGCUUCAGCCCUGUUGUUCAUCUCAUACAGCAUUAUUUCCCCAUCCAAAUAUGCAAUAAAGUGUCUUACUCCACACUGCAGUGUCACUUUGCUACACCCUACCAAUACUUCGGCCUGAGCUUUAGGAAAGGUCAGGUUCAUUUUUCCUCUGGGCAGCUGAGGACAGGGAGCAGCCUGGGAUUCACUUCUCCAGGCCUGGUGUGCUGGACUCUCAGGUAACACUACUCAGGUAAGCAGACUGUGUUGGCAGCACAGUCUUGGCUGGCAUC